AAUUAUUUACAUCUCAAAACCUCAAUCUACGUCAAUCCAGGCAAAUGGGUCCGAACCAUAACCACCACCGGGCUCCACCCUCACUCCACCUAACCCGGCGCACGAUAGCCCCCUCCUCACCCUCGGCCCAAUUUAGCAUUUCCCCCCCUCCCAAUAAAAGCAUACCUUUUGUUAUAUUCCCCUUUCCCAGCUGCUCCCUUCCUCUUCCCCAGCAAACAAAAGGAGCCUUUAACGGGUCGGGUUCCGGGUCUGACGAUAUUCUUGCUGAUAUGGAUUCGGAUUCCAAAACGCCGCUGUUGAUGGAACAAAAACACCAGCCUAAAUUGUCUUCUUCUAAUAAUUCUUCUUCCAAAAUUUUAACUUUGCCCACCGUUUUAACUCUAGGCCGCGUUGCCGCCGUGCCGGUGCUGAUUUUCACCUUUUAUGUCGAUAGUUGGUGGGGAAGGACUGCUACGACUAGUAUAUUUGUUGCCGCUGCUAUAACUGAUUGGCUUGAUGGGUACAUUGCUCGGAAGAUGAGGUUACAUUCUGUCUUUGGUGCUUUUUUGGAUCCAGUGGCUGACAAGCUUAUGGUUGCUGCUACAUUGGUCUUAUUAUGUUCAAGACCUUUGAAUGUUGCUAUGUUUGGGCAAGUUCCAUGGCUGCUGAUUGUACCAUCAAUAGCCAUUAUUGGAAGGGAGAUAACUAUGUCUGCCGUCAGGGAAUGGGCUGCUUCUCAGAAUAGUAAGCUUUCUGAGGCUGUUGCAGUAAAUAAUCUGGGGAAGUGGAAAACUGCCACGCAGAUGGUUGCACUAACCAUCCUUCUAGCUACAAGAGAUAGCAGUCUUGGAGAACCUGGGAUUUUAGUAGCUUCAGGUGUUAUUUUGCUUGAUAUUUCAGCAGGGCUUUCCGUAAUGUCAUUAGCUGUGUAUAUGGGGAAGAUAUGGAAAGUAUUAUUAAAGUAGUUAUCGACAUCUGCUGACAGUUUGUGGCUGAUCCUUUCUCUCUCUGUCAUGUUACUCCAUAUUCUUUCUGAUGAAUAUCUUCACACAUUGAAGCCGAUUUCUUUGUUUCACUGGAUUUAGGAGAAAGCCCUUGCUUUUUGAAGUCUCUUUCUAGUUAAAACUGUCUCGGUAAGGGUAUCAAUAUGUUUGCGGGCUGUUCCAACAUCUUAAACGAUGUUGGAACAAGAUAUGUUUUGCUUUUGCAAAGGAUGCCGGAUGCUUAAAGUAAGUUUGAGUCCCAACAGAAGCACAUUUGGCACUGUACUGGAACUAGAGAUGAAGCAACUCUUGCUGAACUAUUGUAGUGUAAAUGACAAUUACUAGUCAAGUAGCUACUCACAGCUUACACAAAAGUGAUAAUAUUUGAGGCAGAUCUCAUUUGUUAUAGCAAAAUUUCAUACCCUGUUACACGUUCUCCUUUGAAGAACUCAUGAGUUUAUGAUGAUGAAUUGAUUAUGAAAUUUAUGUGAGAGAAUUCUCAACGAAUGGCCAUUGGCAACAAUUGGGUCUGUUACUAAUAUGAUUGAAUUUUAUUAUAUUCGUGAUUUGUUCAUUUAAUAAAUGAAUUUUAAAGUGUUGUUCGUGAUUGUAACUUAAUAAACAAUCAUAAAUCGAAUUUGUUCAAGAGCUAUUUGUCAAAAGAUGCAAUGACUUUUUUUAGUACAAAACAGAUCAUAAUUCAAGGUUAGAGAAAGGGAUGAAAAGAGAAAGCGAUGAAAGGUCAUGGUUCAAUCUGCUCUGGCUUUUAAGUUCAAAAGAAAACGUAAUCUAAGGAUAAUGAAAGGUCAUUGAUCAAUCUAUUGAUUAAUUAACAAAUGUUAAAAUGUUGUUCAUGAUCGUUUGUUAAGUUUAACAAACGAUAAAAAUUGAAUUUAUUCACAAAUUAUUCAUCAACAUUUGUUAACGAAUUGUUCGUAAAAAACUGCUGUGACUUUUUUAGUACAAAAAAGAACGUAACCUAAGAACAGAGAAAGGCUUGAAAGUAUUGGAAUUUUAUCUCUAAACUAAUUAGAUGUCACUUCUUAGAAGUGAUUGCAUGAACCGGCUGAGCUAAAUCAUGGAUUCCAAAAUAUGUAGUAGUGCCUUUAACCAACAACAACUUCAUGAAAACUGCCAAAAAGAGACAAAGUUUACAUAAACUUCUGCAACAGUUCAAAUGAAACUUUCAUCUGCUAAUAUGAUUCAAGUUGGGAUGAAACCAGGAAGCCAGAUCUCCAUAGAUGCUAUGUUCAGAGAUACACAGGGAAGAGAAAUUGCAGGUUAAACAACUAA